AUGGCCAAUGAACCCCAUCCUUCAAUAGACGACCCAAACGCCUACGUCCUGUAUCGAUAUGUGCCCUCGAAAGUGGCAGCAAUAAUCUUCGUCAUUGCGUUUGGCCUUACGACAUGUCUUCAUGUCUUCCAGCUCGUUAGGCGGAGGACUUGGUAUUUUCUACCUUUGGUCAUCGGCGGUAUCUUCGAGACUGUAGGAUUUGUUGGCCGCUUUCUUUCGAACAAGGACAUUUGGGCUCUGGGACCUUACAUCAUGCAGUCGCUACUCAUCCUGGUCGCUCCUGCUCUUUUUGCGGCAUCGAUAUACAUCAUCCUCGGUCGGAUCAUGCUUAUGGUAGAUGGCGAGAGGUAUUCUCUUGUUCGGCAAAAGCGCUUAACGAGGACUUUUGUCGCCGGAGAUGUUCUUAGCUUCUUUAUGCAAGGUGCUGGUAGUAGCAUUCAGUCAAUGGGAACGAUGGAGGAUGUACACAAGGGUGAAAAGAUCAUCGUCGGUGGUCUGAUCUUCCAGCUGAUCUUCUUCACCCUGUUCGUCGUAGUCGCCGGCGAUUUCCACCGUCGACUCAUAAACGACAUACCUGUCAAGAAGCGAUAUGGUCCACGGACACUUCUCCAGAAGCUCCGCCCAAACUCGCGCGUCGACUCCUCAUUCACUGCCGUCGCCCUCCUCCCACGAUCUGCCGUCAACGAACUCCCUUGGAAGCGCCACAUCUAUGUUUUGUAUGGAACAAGCGCACUUAUCCUUGUUCGAAACGUUUUCAGGAUCGCGGAGUACAUUGAGGGGAACGCCGGUCACCUUCUGAGCCACGAGGCUUACCUAUACAUCUUCGACGCCUUGCUCAUGCUGACGGUCAUGUGCUUGCUCAAUUGGAUUCACCCAAGUGAGGUCACGGAUCUAUACAACAGACGUCAAGCGGCCUCGUUAGUCGAGCUUCGAAUGUCUGCGUCAUCUCUCGGACAGCACGAUACCAGCUACAGUAAACCUAAAGCAACAGUCCAAAGUAUGGUGUAG